UGUUGUAGUGCACGACAUUAGGAAUGUACACACUACUAUGUAUGUCAUUGAACUAUUUCAUUAUCUGACCUGAAUUUUCCCUCCCGGAUGUGGUUUAAUAGGGGGCAUUGUAGAGAGAAAGAAUAUGUGUGGUAAUUCCGUAGAACUGUCGAUCACUUGGAUGUCAUCUUUGUUUACGUUGAUUUAAAAUUUUCAUUGAUAAGAACGCAAAAAGUCUGUAAACAAGUAUUGUCAUUUCCCAUGUGACUCUGAGCAUCCAAGGUAGUGUUUGAGUUUAUGAAGAGUGACCUGACCCAAUUGCACCACGCUGAAUCUUAGUAACGGACGCACUAAAGGCUUCCGCUGCGAUUUUUUGUGUGGCAGCUAAAGUAUAUUGACCCUUGGCCGAGCGUUGAGGUCACAGGGAGAAAAUAUCUUGAGGUUAAAACGCUAGAUAUCUUCGAUCGGACAGACCUCCACAUUGUCGAGUUCAUGAGGAUAAGCAAUGAAAAUCAUAUUCGUAGGCUGUUAACAUAAUUGAUUAUAGAUUUAUGUAUCGCAUCUAUAGUGGCAUCACAUGGUCAGUACCGACCCACUAAACUAGUGGUCAGGCAGUACGUGCGUUGCCAUCGACCUUGAUCCAAAAAAGAUGGGAUUUUACCAUGAGCAAAAUUCAGGAAAGGGACGUUAUUCAGACUAAAUCUAACGGAUUCAUCAUUGUGGAAUAUUUUAGUAGAGAUAAUUCUGACGAAUGGCAUAAAAGUGAGGCAUAUGUCUUAAAGCAAAAUUAUAUACGGAUGAACAUGUGCUUUGUGUCUUACUAAUGCUAUAGGAUUCUCUCGGAAUCAGAAUUCGGACCAGAUUUCCAUCCAAUGACGAAGAAGCAUGGGAAGGAAUGGAGGUUAUUUUUAAUUUAUUACAUUACGCGUUUAAGAGUGAAAAUAGUAAUUAAUGUCCAUUUUUACUACUGUGUGGUGAAAUUAGUUGCUUAAAACUAACCUUCCGUUACGUUGAAUCGGAUAAAAUAUAACCACAGACUUAUCCUUUUCAUUAGUGCUCACAUUAUUUUCAUAAUAAUAUGAGACCAUACUUUUCCUAACUCCGAUUUUCGAGAGUUACAUGCGUGAACACACGGGUAUGGAAAUGAGAGGAAUGAAAACAAAAAAGAUGACUGGUGUAAAAGACAAUGGCUCUUGUCAAAUGCGAUUAGGGCUUUUAGGGUAUUUCCUAAGCAACCAAUUUCAUUUUUCUGUGUCCAGGGUCUGUUAACAUGUAUUCAUCAGGAAAGGGCCAAAUACCAGGAGGAGGCCGAAGGAGGGGCCGCUGUAAAUGGUUCAAUGUGGCCAAAGGAUGGGGCUUUGUUACACCAGAUGACGGGGCACAGGAUGUGUUUGUUCAUCAAUCGGUCGUUCACAAAGCUGGUUUUAGAAGUCUAGACGAUGGAGAAGAGGUAGAAUUUGAAAGUAAACCUUCAGAUAAAGGAGUGGAAGCUACCUUUGUUUGUGGGCCUUCGGGUACCGAAUGCAGAGGAAGUUCACGUCGACCGCUGUCGAGGAAAAAGUUUAGGAAAAUAAGUAGGUGCUACAACUGUGGUGACUUUGGAAACCAUAUCGCUGCCAAAUGCCCCCAUGGACCGUUACCAAAGAGAUGUCAUAACUGUAAAUCCACCGAACACCUCAUUGCAGAUUGUCCUAUUCGAACUCCCGAAAAACCACUAGUCCGAAACGGAAGUAGUGGUAAUAAUGUCGGGCUCGGUGAGGGACAUAAUUCCGGAUUAGGAGGUCUGUGAAAGUGUUGUUCAUUUGUGUUUAUCAUGAAAAAUAACAGCAGAAUGGAGCAUCUGUUAGUCAGAUUCGUUUGAUUUAUAGAUUGUAUCUUGUUCCUGUGACAAAUAAUUUCAACUUUUGUGGACUUACUGCCGCCUACAUCGUUACAUUUUUGUUCCAAACUAAAUGGAAUCGUCCUGAAUACUGGAUAAUCCCUGGCAUUUUUUGACUGCUAAGGCAUUUCUUAAAUCUAUUUAUAUGAUUUAAACUUAUCAGCAGAUGUCUGCAAUGGGCGAUGCACCUUCUACUAUGUACCAAAAUUUUGGUUGUAACAUUGGAAAAAGUAAUAGUGCUGAGAAACAUUUAAUGACGUAGAUACAUUUUCUAUAUUGUUACCGUUUUCCAUUACGUGACUGAAAUGUCACAUUACUUUUCAUUGUGCCGUUUCAAUUAUGAUGUUGAGCUUUGUAUUACUUGUGUGUUUCACAUGAUGUAAGACUAUAUAGCAACCAUAUCUACCUCAAUUGAGGGUUUCUAGUAUUUUUAAACCGUGUGUUCUUUGUGUUUUAAGUUUUGUUUUAUUUCUAUUUUUUUCAAUAUCAGGGGCGCUAAGAAAAAAAAGAGGAAAACAGAAGAGUUACAAUAAAAUAGAUAUUUUAUAUGUUAUAUUUUCUUAAUCUAUGAUGAGAGAAAUAAGAAAUACAAAAAAUAAUAAGAUAAAGUUGAUAUAAAAAAUAACACAUUUAAUGGCAGCUUUACCCUGUUUAAUCAUUGAUGUUUAGAAA